AGGGUAAAGAAAGCUGCCUCCAAAACCAAUACUUCCCAAAGAGAGAAAUCCAAGGGAGAAGUACAGCAAUGGGGUCAUUUAAGAGUUCUGUUUUCAUCUUAGUCCUUCACUUUCUGGAAGGGGCCCUGAGCAAUUCACUCAUUCAGCUGAAUAAUAAUGGCUAUGAAGGCAUUGUCAUUGCAAUUGACCCUAAUGUGCCAGAAGAUGAAACACUCAUUCAACAAAUAAAGGACAUGGUGACCCAGGCAUCUCCAUACCUGUUUGAAGCUACAGAAAAAAGAUUCUAUUUCAAAAAUAUUGCCAUUUUGAUUCCUGAAAAAUGGAAGACAAAACCUGAAUAUGUGAGGCCAAAACUUGAGACCUACAAAAAUGCUGAUGUUCUAGUUGCUGAACCUAAUCCUCCAGGAAACGAUGAACCCUAUACCGAGCAGAUGGGAAAUUGUGGAGAAAAGGGUGAAAGAAUUUACUUCACUCCUGACUUCUUAGCAGGAAAAAAGUUGCCUCAAUAUGGACCACAAGGAAGGGCAUUUGUCCACGAAUGGGCUCAUCUACGAUGGGGAGUAUUUAAUGAAUACAAUAAUGACCAGAAAUUCUACUUAUCCAAAGGAAAAAACAAAGCAGUAAUAUGUUCGGCAGCUAUUACUGGUAAAAAUUUAGUAAAUAAGUGUCAAGGAGGCAGCUGUGCCUCCAAACCUUGCAGACUCGACAAAGUAACAGGGCUAUUUGAGAAAGAAUGUGAGUUCAUACCUGACAGCUUGCAGACUGAGAAGGCUUCCAUAAUGUUUUCACAAAGUAUUGAUUCUGUGGUCCAAUUCUGCACAGAAAAAAAUCACAAUAAAGAAGCCCCAAACCUGCAAAACCAAAGAUGCAAUCUCAGAAGCACAUGGGAAGUGAUUCGCGAUUCUGAGGACUUUAAGAAAACCACUCCUAUGACGACACAGCCACCCCAGCCCACCUUCUCACUGCUGCAGACUGGACAAAGAAUUGUGUGUUUAGUCCUUGAUAAAUCUGGAAGCAUGGCGACUGGUGGCCGCCUUAACAGACUGAACCAAGCAGGCAAACUUUUCCUCCUGCAGACAGUUGAGCAAGGGUCCUGGGUUGGAAUGGUGACGUUUGAUAGUGCUGCCCAUGUACAAAGUGCACUCAUACAGAUAAAUGGUGGCACUGAAAGGGACUUGCUCACCAGAAAGUUACCCACAGUGGCCUCAGGAGGAACGUCCAUCUGCUCCGGGCUUCGAUCAGCAUUUACUGUGAUUAGGGGGAAAUACACAACAGACGGAUCUGAAAUCGUGCUAUUGACCGAUGGGGAGGACAACACUAUAAAUGUGUGCUUUAAUGAGGUGAAACAAAGUGGAGCUGUCAUCCACACAGUCGCCCUGGGGCCCUCUGCAGCGCAAGAACUAGAGGAGCUGUCUAAAAUGACAGGGGGGUUACAGAUGUAUGCUUCAGAUCAGGCUCAGAACAACGGCCUCAUCGACGCUUUCGGAGCCCUUUCCUCAGGGAACGGAGCUAUCUCCCAGCGCUCCAUCCAGCUUGAGAGUAAGGGAUUAACCCUCCAGAACAGUCAGUGGAUGAACGGCACAGUGAUUGUGGACAGCACUGUGGGAAAUGAUACUUUGUUUCUCAUCACCUGGACAACACAGCCUCCCCAAAUCCUUCUCUGGGAUCCCAGUGGAAAGAGACAAGAUGGCUUUGUAGUGGACACAACAACCAAAAUGGCCUACCUCCAAGUCCCAGGCACUGCCAAGGUUGGCAUUUGGAAUUACAGUCUGCAAGCAAACUCCCAAACCUUGACUUUGACUGUCACCUCUCGUGCAUCAAGUGCUACCUUGCCUCCAGUUACAGUGACCUCUAAAGUGAACAAAGACACAGGCAAAUUCCCCAGCCCUAUGGUAGUUUAUGCAAAGAUUCACCAAGGAAACUUACCGAUUCUCAGGGCCACUGUCACAGCCCUGAUAGAAUCGGUGAAUGGAAAAACAGUUACCUUGGAAUUAUUGGACAAUGGAGCAGGUGCUGAUGCUACUAAGAAUGAUGGUAUCUAUUCAAGGUAUUUUACGUCUUACGACACAAAUGGUAGAUACAGUAUAAAAGUGUGGGCUCUGGGAGGAGUGAACACAGCCGGACAAAAGGUGGUACCCCAGCAGAAUGGAGCCAUGUACAUACCUGGCUGGUUUGAGAAUGGUGAAAUAAAAUGGAAUCCACCAAGACCUGAAAUCAAUAAGGAUGAUCUUCAAGGCAAGCAAGUGUGUUUCAGCAGAACAUCCUCGGGAGGUUCAUUUGUGGCCUCCAAUGUCCCAAAUGCUCCCAUACCUGAUCUCUUUCCACCUUGCCAAAUCACUGACCUGAAGGCAAAAAUCCAAGGGGACAGUCUCAUUAAUCUGACUUGGACAGCUCCUGGGGACGAUUACGAUCACGGAACAGCUCACAAGUACAUCAUUAGAAUAAGUGCAAAUAUUCUUGAUCUUAGAGACAAAUUCAAUGACUCGCUUCAAGUGAACACUAAUGAUCUCAUCCCAAAGGAGGCCAACUCUGAGGAAGUCUUUGUGUUUAAACCAGAAAACAUCACUUUUGAAAAUGGCACGGAUCUUUUCAUUGCUAUUCAGGCUGUUGAUGAGGUCAACCUGAAGUCAGAAAUCUCCAACAUUGCACAAGUAUCUUUGUUUAUUCCCCCACAGACUCCUCCAGAGACACCUAGUCCUUCUCUUCCUUAUCCUGAUAUUAACGUCAACAGCACCAUUCCUGGCAUUCGCAUUCUAAAAAUUAUGUGGAAGUGGCUAGGGGAAUUGCAGCUGUCAGUAGCCUUGGGCUAGGUUUUCAUGAGAUAAACAAAUCACCCAUCCUUCUUUUGAUUAUAAAAUUUUCUAAAAUGUAUUUUAGACUUCCUAUAGGGGAUGAUACAAUGAAAUAAAAUGCUAAACAACUGGAUACAUACGUAUA